UUAGUUCGUUUGUUGCAUUAAGUUGGCUUUCUCUAUCCUUAUCUUAAAAGUACGUGAUUGAUUAUAAAUGUUAUAAUUAGAUUGUCCAAGCUGAUAAAUAUAAUGUUAUCGAUUGUAAUAAAAUAUCUACUUAAGUGAUUGAUUCUUGAUAAAUAGUCCAUUUAGCGCAGUUCUUUGAGUGCCACAAAAUAUAUUCUAAUAGACGAGUUUAAUUCUCUAAGUGUAGUAGAAAAAUGCCUUCAAUAGCAGGAAAAUAUAAACAUUAUAAAAACGAAAAUAUUGACGAUUACUUCAUUGCGGUUGGUGUUCCAUAUAUGGGACGAAAAAUGAUGUCCAUGUCAUCACCAGAAAUGGAGAUUAUAAUAAAUGGAGAAACCAUGACCAUAAGGAAUGUUUCACUUCUUAGAACUGUUGAAUACACUUUCAAACUUGGUGAAGAAUAUGAAGAAACUAUGCCAAACACUGUAAUCAAGAGCAUUACUACAAUCAUCAAUGACAAUGAACUGGAAACAAAAUCUAUUAUUCCUGAAAAUGGAACUAAAUGUGGCCGUCAUUACUUGUUUUCAGAUGAUGAGUGCAUUAUUACUCUCACUCAUGACAAUGCUAAAACACCAGGGAAACGAUACUUCCGCAGAAUAAAUUAGGUUUCGAUCGAAACAAAGAAGAACUGGUGUGUCAUGGACAAGCACAAGUUUGUAGAUAUUGCUACAAAGAAAUGUGUAAAAAAUCACAAUUUAGUAGUUUAUUUCAGAAAAUAUUAAGAGCUAUUAAACCAGCUUGGAUUCCAGUGAAUUCCAAGACAAAAUUUGAAUAAACACCACAAAUA